UGUCACUAUGCUCAGUAACUAGCUCAAGUACAGUGAUUCUUGUAGUCUACUUUCAACUAAACAUGCAGCAGUUAGCUGAUUCCCAGACUGCAUUGGGACGUUACUUCCUGUUGCAUUUCGCAUGCGAGCUACACCACGAGCCGGUCCUUCAAAUAUACACCUACCUGGCUCAAGAAAUUCGUGUAUCCAUCUUCAUCCCGAAAGACGAUUCUCAGGAGGAUGCCCAACAUAUGACGGUCCAGAAGUCGCUAGUCUCGGAGUACCAAAUCCCUCUUGAGUAUCUGAAUUGGCAAAUUGAGACUUACCAGAAGCCUUUCAAGCUCUCUGCAAAAUACCUCUUUGGCGUCACGGUGCUGAUGUAUGCCCAGGUGUCCAGCGGCAGCUUCAUGCUCAUUCCUUUACAGAACUUCGGCACCUCCUAUUAUGCCGUGACUCUAGAUUAUGACAAUGUCGUAUCAAACGGCACAUAUCUGCUCAACUUCCUACUGGUGAUGUCAGGACUGGACGAGGUCAGGCUAACGGUAAACGUAGUGGGGCAGGACAUUAAUAUUACAUACUGCAAUAAGGACAAAGUCCUAGAGUACUGUGAAGCCAUUGUCGUUGAUAUGCCAAGGUUAGUGGUGUUUACACUGAUGGAAUGCUCUCCAACUGUUGUCAAUGGUUCAAAACUAUUAUCCGGAACACACAUUAAAGCUACUGAUGUGGUAGGAGUCAUUUCCGGAAGUUGUAGAGGCAGCAGAAGUGACGCUGGAGUGCUCAGUUGCGAUGAGAAUGCAAUAGGCAUGCUGCUUCCUGAGCCAAGCUAUGGAGAGGAAUUCGUAGUUUUUCAAAGUCAAGCAAUUAUUAAACUUUUGGUCGAUCCGAUCAACACAAUCGCAAACACGAAUUCGUGCCAGCUGGUCGACUCAGACAAUCCUGAACAGAGGAAUGAGUUUAUACUUGAUAUGAGCCCAGCACAGCAACAUUGCAUUUUGACCACUGAUAAACCCGCGUCUGUUUAUCUUGUGUACUAUCGUAAAGAAUGUGGUGGCCUGGAAUAUUUGGAUUUCCUUUCUCUGUUACCCACGAGUGUCUACUUUCAGAGAUACGUUUGGAGAGCAUUAAAGUUGUCUGAUGCCGGCAGCAAGAUUACGCUUUUUGUGAUUUGUCGUGACCAAGACAGGGAACAGUUGCUAGUUGACGACAAACAGUUAGAAUAUGUGUGGCAGGAUAUAGCUGGAAGCUCGCUCUGGAAGUUGGGAGUCACUGAGAUCACAGAAGGAUUUCACAUGGCGAACCACACAUCCGAAUUCGGCGCGUACAUCAUAUACACCAGCGACAGCACAACGACGUUAAAUAUUCUGGGCUACAAUCUAGUUUAUAUGUCAUGUGAAGACACAGUUCAUUUAAUGUUGCCUGGAGAUCUAGUAGAUAAUGACUGUGACGGGACAGUGGAUGAAGAAAUUUUAAAUAACCAAGACGAUGAUAAAGACACGAAGAUUGACGAAGAUCUAGCGAUGUCAGAAAGCACGGAUCAACAGGAGUGUCCGCCUAUGACCUUUGGCCCCAACUGUAGCAUCAGCUGCGCCAACUGCAAGAAUUGUGACAAAGAGACUGGCACGUGCUCUCAAUGUUCCUCAGGGUUCCAACUGGAGCAGAACCACUGCGACAAAGAGUGCCCGGAUAUGACGUUUGGGGAAAACUGUUCGGGAAAUUGCUACAGCAAAUGUGGAGAAGAUUGUCUGGAUAGGAUCUAUGGCUCUUGUUCACGGCUUUCGAUUAGCAACUUACAGGAUCUGCCAGGCGGCCUAGUCUCGUCCAUGAUCAUUUUGUUAAUACCUACCAUACUCUUCGGUGUUUCCUUGCUAUGCAAAAAACGAAGUGAAAAAUAUCCGCCUGGAUACUUUGAAUAAGAGUGAUGUUCCCUUGUUGGCAUAACGACCUAUAACAACGUACUCGAGAAAGAGAGACGACGUCAUACCAGCCAAAAACACGGUCAGAGGCGACAUUAUUAAUACUGUAUUGUCAAGACCCAUCCAACAAUGAAUGCUAUACUCAACUCACCCUGUUCAAUAUAUCUAACUUAAUAUCUGUUUCCAAGCAACGCCAGUUCUGAGUAAGUGGAGGACUUCGCCAGAUUUUUGUGUAAGCCCCUCUUCAAGCUACUUAUAUAAAUGCAAUUAAAAAUAUGAUAAUGAGUGAAGGCCUACUUGUACAUUUAAUCUAAUUCUCCUUAUUUUUUUAUGCAUGUAGCUCUUAACCACAUUUCUGUUUAUUUUCUAAAUGCUGAUGUCCCUAUUAUAUGCAUUAAUCAAAAUUUGACUCACAAACCAUAAAUAACUACUUCUUUAGUGAUUCCUAUUUCAUGGGAUUGAUGUCAUAGACAAGGCUGCUAGAAAUAAUUAGGUUAUAUGAGUACAUCAUACUUUGUUAUAGAUCUUGAAUAUUAGCUAUAUAUUCGUGUCAAUCUAUAUAGGAAAAUCUUGAAUUUGUAUAUGUAAAGAAAUAUC